AUGUUUCAACGUUCCGAAGCUUUGCACGGACUUAAAUACGCAAAUUAUAUAGGUGAUGGUGACAGUAAAACUUUCAAGGGGAUAUUGGAUGCAAAACCACCAAUCUACGAGGAUUUGAGCCGUGGUGAGUUGCUGAAUCGUUGCUUGGGAGGCUAUACGCAGAACAGCAACGAAAGUUUUAAUUCUACAGUCUGGCACUUGGCUCUUAAAAAUUAUUCAAGCGGAAAGAAAAUAUUACAAAUAGCAAGUGACAUUGCUGUUUGUAAUUUUAAUGAUGGACUGAUAAACGUUUUAAGAAUAAUGAAAGUGAUGGACAUGAACAUUGGACCACAAUUCUACAACUUUUGCUUAAAGACGGACGCUGCUCGAAUACAACGCGCGGACCGCUCUUUGACGGACGCAGCGAAAGAGGCUCGCUCCAGCAUAAAAGCGUCCAGGAAAGAAAACGAGGAGGAGUUUAGCAACCUGGAAGGUCAGCUUUACGGUGCUGGAAUAGCAGAUUAAAGGUAAAAAAUUUUUAAUAAUCCAA